CGGGCGCUCGGGGCGGAGCGGGGUUAUCUCCUCUGCUCCAUGCUCAGACUCCCCCGCCGGCUCCUUCCUGACCGUGGCCGGGACGGCAGCAAAGACUCGCCCGCGUCCCCCCGGGCUGCUGGGGGCCCGAGUGCGGCUGACCGGGGCUCUGGGGCAGGAGGCUGCACGGAUGCUGCCCCCCUUGCCCUGCCCGUCUGCUGCGGGCUCCUGGUCGUGCAGUAAAAGCCUCCGGCUGCUGCCUCCGGGAGUUGGUCCACGCCGCGCACGUGCCUCGUCCCCUGGCGAUAGUCGGGCCGUGGAAAAGCCACAUCUCAGCCCGUCCCUCGCACUGACUCACUCCUCCCGGGCGCUGCAGGGCCGGCGUGGUGGUGACUGGGCGGCACAUGAGGCUCCGCGGGCAGCGCGGGCCCUCGGGAGCGGAUGAGACGCUUCCUCCAGGUGUCUGCUACACGAUAUUUGACCUGGGCUUCCGCUUUGAUGUGGCCUGGUUCCUGACGGAGACCUCGCCCUUCAUGUGGGCCUGCCUGGGCAUCGGCCUGGCCAUUUCGCUCUCUGUGGUGGGCGCUGCCUGGGGGAUUUACAUCACCGGCUCCAGCAUCAUCGGGGGCGGUGUCAAGGCCCCGCGCAUCAAAACCAAGAACCUGGUCAGCAUCAUCUUCUGCGAGGCUGUGGCCAUCUACGGGAUCAUCAUGGCCAUUGUCAUCAGCAACAUGGCUGAGUCUUUCACCGGCACCACCCCGGAGUCCAUCGGAGCCAGGAACUACCAUGCAGGCUUCUCCAUGUUCGGGGCGGGGCUGACGGUGGGGCUGUCCAACCUGUUCUGCGGGGUGUGCGUGGGCAUUGUGGGCAGCGGGGCCGCGCUGGCUGACGCCCAGAACGCCAGCCUCUUCGUCAAGAUCCUCAUCGUGGAGAUCUUUGGCAGCGCCAUCGGCCUCUUCGGUGUCAUCGUCUCCAUCCUGCAGACCUCUAAAGUAAAGAUGGGGGACUGAGCCCCAGCCCAGCCCCGCCCCGCCCGGCCCAGGGCAGCUGUACAUAGAUAUUUAAUAUUCCCUCCCGGGGCAGGCACUGACCCCUGCCCGGCGCGGAGCCCCGGGCCCCCCACUCCUUCCUGCUGGAGGAACCAGUCGUCUGUGUGUGCGUGACCCCCUGCCCGCAGCCGCCCGGUCCGGCGGGGCCCACCGCGCUACCGCCUGCCCCGGUGCGUGUGCACCCUGCUCGCCGUGCCGCUCUGCUCCGCUCCGCUCCGUGUCUGUGCAGUAAACGUGGUUCUUCUCCCA